AUGGCACCCCGCUUCACCACCAUCCUCGCCAGCCUCCUGGCCCUGUCGCCAUUGAGCGCGCUGGGAAGCCCGCUUAACAGAUGGCAUCCCGCCGCAGCGUCAGCGUCAGCACCAGCUGUUUCAACGCUCGGUGCAUUCGUGGCCAACCAGGACGCGAGAGAUGUCGUCCCCAACUCGUACAUCGUGGUCUACCACAAGAACUCCACCAGUGACGAAAUCGAUGCUCAUGAGGCUACCAUCAAGUCGGCCGUCACGAAGCGCAAUCUGGGCAAGCGUGGGCUCUCGGGUCAGCUGCUUUCGACAAGGGUGCGCUCGUUCUCCAUGGCCAACGGAUGGCGUGCUACCGCCCUGGAGGGAGAUGAUGAUAUGAUGACCGAGAUCAACGCCAUGGGGUCAGUCAACUUCGUCGAAGCCAACCAAUACGUCAAGGCCUUGGCCCUCCAGACUCAGGAGAACGCGACUCCGGGACUUAUCCGACUCAGCAACGCCGAGCCCGGCGGCACAGGCUACACCUUUGACGAUUCUGCCGGCACCGGCAUCACGGCCUACGUGGUCGACACUGGUAUCCUGACUACGCACGAAGAGUUCCAAGGACGUGCCACCGUUGGUUUCAACGCCGUUGAGGGUUCUCAAGAUACCGACGACAACGGUCACGGCUCCCACGUGUCGGGUACCAUUGGCGGCGCUACUUUUGGCGUGGCCAAGAACGUGAACCUGAUCGGGGUCAAGGUGCUCGGCGCCGACGGUGGCGGCACCAACGCCGAUGUCAUCGACGGUCUCAACUUCGUCGAGUCCGACGUGGCCGAGAAGAAGCUCGCUGGAAAGACUGUUAUGAACAUGUCCCUCGGCGGUGGCCAGUCGACCGCAAUCAACAACGCGAUCGAGGGUCUCGUCGAGGCCGGUGUUGUUCCCGUCGUCGCUGCCGGAAACGAGGCCGCGAAUGCCAACACCAGCAGCCCGGCCAGCUCGCCCAACGCCAUCACCGUCGGCGCCAUUGAUGCCACGACCGACCAACGGGCCAGCUUCAGCAACUUUGGUGCCGUCGUCGACGUCUACGGCCCCGGUGUCGACGUCCUCAGUGUCGGCAUCGAGAACAAUACUGCCACCAAUAUACUGAGCGGCACCUCCAUGGCUUCGCCUCACAUUGCCGGUCUUGCUGCAUACCUGAUGAGCCUGGAGGGCCUCACCAACGCCACCGCCGUCUCGAACCGCAUGAAGACGCUCGGCGCCGCCACGGGUGCCACCGUCCUGCGCAACGCCCAAGGCACCACCGACACCAUUGCCAACAACGGAAACAAAUAA